AAAUGAAUUUAUGAAAAACUUUAAUUUUGCAUAUUUAUUGGGGCAGUAGUUUGAAGUGGAAAAUUUUUCCACAAAGUUGAAAAAUAAUAUUUUUCCAUUUUUUAUUUUAUUUUAAAUUUAUCUCAGAUGAGCACAGUCGCUAGUAAAGAGUAUAUAGUUUGUAAUUCAAUUAAUAAAAAUAUAUUUUAAAACAUUGCAAGGUAGUUAAUUAAGAAUGAGUAAUAACUCAGGUAGUUCAGUUAUUCGAAAUAGAUAGAGAACAUUGUAGAAUUAAAAUCCUUAAAUAAAGAAUGUAAUUAAAAUCCAUUGUAGCUGCAUAUUUAUCUGGUUUAAAGAACUUUCGUAUUACGCCAAAAUUAAAAUUAUUCUCCUUACUAACACAAUUUCCCUCGUAUACUGCGCUCUAUUUGACAAGUAACACCAAGUUCAUACAAUUCAACUUCUAAGCAGUAUUGUACGGCCAACAGUGUGAAACGCAUUUUUGACUAAGUUUAUAAAUAAUUGGUGCCCCUUGACUGUAUUUUUUGCAAUACUUUAUUUUUAACUAUAAAGCACUACAAAUUUAAGUUAUUCUUAAAUUAUAUGAUUUCAGAUAAAUUGGAAAAUUUUUCAACAACGUUGAUUAUGAUUUCUAAUUAAAUAAUAUUAAUUGGAUUGGAGUACGUUUUGGAGAGUGGGAGUACCAUAUAUUUUUCUUUUAUAUUAAAUUAUGUUAAAUUUAUUAUAUAGCUAAAUAUAACUGUUAUGGCUGCUAGUAAAAAUGUCGUAUCCGAAUGGUUACGUGUUAUUGGACUACCACAAUAUUCCGAUAGUUUUAUGGAAAACGGUUAUGAUGAAUUGGAAAUAUGUAAACAAAUUGGAGAAGUUGAUUUAGAUGCUAUUGGCGUUGAAAAUAUGACACAUCGCAAUAAAAUUAUAAGAAGUGUUCGAAAUUUACGUGAAAAGGGAGCAGCUAUAGUUUAUGUCAUGAUUAAUGAUCCCAAAGCUUUAACUAGAAGUAACGAAAUUUUAUCAGAAUGUGAUAUUGAAACUACACCAAAAAAAUUAGAAUAUGUAAUGAAAAAGCAUUUAGAAGCUGAUGGUAUACGAUUAACUGCUCAUCCAUAUUCUACUCCGGAAGGAAAUCGUGGUUAUUUAGAGGGACUAGCAGCACAUUAUAGUAGGCAUAUAUCAAUGCCUUAUGAAAACGUUUUAGAAGCUAUCGAAAAAUGCCGUCAAUCUAAAUGGACUGAAAGGCAUAUACGUGCAACUGCCGGACUAACAACAAGUCGUCCUUUUAGAGAUCCAAACAAUUCAUUAAGUUUACAUAGCAAUCAAAACCCACCAAUUUAUACACCUGGAAAAUAUUUACCAUCAAGUUGCUUAUCGAAUAGGGAAGAAAAUGAAAUUUAUAGCUUCACUAGUCAGGAUAUGGCGUGUAGAAUUCCAAGAAGUGUUAUUGAAAGUAAAUCAACUUUAAAUUUGAGUAGUCGGCAAGAUCGAAGAACAAAGCGAACUACUAUGUUUACCCGAUUUUUGAGUAAUUUCAAAAUAAAUGCUGGUGAUAUCCAUCAAGUGGAAGGAGUGCAAUUGAAGCUAAAAGAUCAAAAAGCCGCUUUUACAAAAAAUAAAGGACUCCUUGACGUACGAAAAGAAGUCACUAUACAUUCGAAAGUAAUGAGUGAAUCGUAUCCUAAGGAGAACUGAAAUAAAAUUGAACAGAUUUUAAUUUAAAUAUAUUUAUAUGUAUAUAAAAAAUUUAAAUUAUAUAAAUCUGUUUAUAUAAACACAUGCAUACAUACAUAUAUGUAAUGAAUUAGAAAUAAUAAUAAUUUCAUGUAAUGGAAAGAAUCAAUUAGAACGGAUCAAUAUAUAAAUCAAUUAGUUCAACUUGUUCAAUGUUAAAAAAUAAUUGUGAUUAAUAAAUGCAUUAAAUAUAUAUAAAAGAAAAAAAAACAUAAUGGUGCCAGAAAAUAUUUAAAAUAUCUAUACAUUUUAAAAAAUUAAAUUAAUAUAAUAAUGGUUAAUUAAAAAAAAAUUAUAUUAAACAUUAUCAAAACGAAACAUCAUAAUUUAUAUACACACAUGCAAUUAUAUUUAUAAAAAACCAAGUAUAAUAUGUUAAAAAUAUUUUAAAUAUUAAGAAUUAAAUUCGUAGUUUUUAUGAUAUAUACAUAAAAUUAUAUAUAUAUACAUAUGUAUACACAUAC